UAAGAGCAGACGAAAACAUUAGUCAAUAAUUUCUUCACCUAUAGAUACAACUAUACUUACAAACUCAUCACAUCAUCUUCUUCACUUUAAGCUUCAGAUCCACAUUUCAAACCCUAAUCACUCGCUAAACCACACUCUCUAUAUCCAAACUCACGCUCGCUAUAUAUACAGAACUCGAGAUUUUUAGUCAAAUCGGAGUGUAAUGGAGGACGCUUUAGAAAUGGCGAGAUCGAAGGACACGAAGGAGCGAAUGGCGGGAGUGGAGCGGCUGCACCAGGUUCUAGAAGCUUCGAGAAAGAGCUUGUCGUCGUCGGAAGUGACGGCGCUGGUCGACACGUGUCUAGAUCUGUUGAAGGACAACAAUUUUAGGGUUUCGCAGGGGGCGCUUUUGUCGCUGUCGUCGGCUGCGGUUUUGUCGGGGGAGUUGUUUAAGUUGCAUUUUAAUGGAAUUGUGCCGGCGGUUGUUGAUCGGUUGGGGGAUGGGAAGCAGCCGGUGCGAGACUCCGCGAGGAGGCUGUUGCUUACUCUUAUGGAGGUCUCUUCACCAACACUUAUAGUUGAAAGGGCCGGUUCGUAUGCUUGGAUGCACAAAAGCUGGAGAAUAAGAGAAGAGUUUGCGCGGACUGUUACGUCAGCGAUUGGUCUUUUUGCUUCUACUGAGCUUCCUCUUCAACGAGCUAUACUUCCUUCUAUUUUGCAAAUGUUGAAUGACUCACACCCUGGGGUUCGAGAAGCAGCUAUAGUGUGCAUUGAGGAGAUGUAUACUCACAUUGGGCCUCAAUUCCGUGAUGAACUCCUGCGUCAUCACCUUCCUACAUCAAUGGUAAGAGAUAUUAAUGCCAGGCUAGAGAGGAUUCAACCAAAAACUUCCAUCUCUGAAGGACUUAAUAGUAAUUAUGCCUCUGGAGAUGUUAAGUCUUCAAGCAAUAAUCUGAAAAGAAGUAGCCCAAAGGCAAAGAGCGUAACCCGCGAAACAUCUCUUUUUGGGGGAGAUAAUGAUUUGACAGAAAAACCAGUUGAACCGAUUAAAGUCUACUCUGAGAAGGAGCUAAUUAGGGAAUUCGAGAAGAUCAGUUUGACUCUUGUUCCUGAAAAGGAUUGGUCUAUACGUAUUGGGGCCAUGCAAAGAGUUGAAGCUCUUGUUAUUGGAGGUGCAACUGACUAUCCAUGUUUCCGUGGACUCCUGAAGCAACUAGUUGGUCCUUUAAGUACACAAUUAGCUGACCGAAGAUCUAGCAUAGUAAAGCAGGGUUGCCACUUGUUAUGUUUUCUAUCAAAAGAACUCUUGGGUGAUUUUGAGGCAUGUGCAGAGAUGUUUAUUCCGGUUCUUUUUAAGCUUGUUGUUAUAACUGUGCUCGUAAUUCAAGAGUCCGCGGAUAACUGCAUCAAAACGAUGUUGCGCAACUGCAAAGUUUCUCGUAUACUUCCUCGUGUUGCUGAUUGUGCAAAGAAUGACCGUAAUGCUGUACUUCGUGCAAGAUGUUGUGAGUAUGCACUUCUGAUUUUAGAAUACUGGGCUGAUGCACCUGAAAUACAACGUUCUGCUGAUCUCUAUGAAGAUCUGAUCAAAUGUUGCGUUGGUGAUGCGAUGAGUGAGGUACGUUCAACUGCUAGAGCUUGCUAUAGGAUGUUUGCGAAGACUUGGCCUGAGCGUUCCCGUCGUUUAUUUUCGUGCUUUGAUCCUGUGAUUCAACGUUUAAUCAACGAUGAGGAUGGGGGUAUGCACAGGCGACAUGCUUCUCCUGCUCUUCGCGAGAGAAGUUCACAAAUUUCAACAAACCCUCAGAUUUCAGUUUCUUCAACUCUUGCUGGAUAUGGAACUUCAGCCAUUGUUGCAAUGGACAGAAAAGCAAGUGUAAACUCAGGCCCGUCAUUCUCUUCUGGGCUAUUUUCCUCACAAGCGUCAGUUGGUAAAAGUACGGAACGUAGCCUGGAAAGCGUGCUGAACGCAAGCAAACAGAAGGUUACAGCCAUUGAAAGCAUGCUACGUGGUCUGGAUAUAUCUGAGAAAGGGCGAUCAGUUAGUCUGGAUCUAGGAGUUGACCCACCUUCAUCUCGUGAUCCACCAUUUCCUCUUGCUGUCCCCGCCUCGACUAGUCUUGCCAGUUCUUUAUCAUUAGAUUCAACAUCUGGGAUUUCAAAAGGUAAUAGUCAAAGUGGUGGUUUGGUUUUAUCUGACAUUAUCACUCAGAUACAGGCAUCUAAAGAUCCAAGCAAGUUAUAUCGUGGUAGCAUGGGAUCUGAGCCUUUGUCAACAUUUUCAUCCUAUUCAAUGAAAAGGCCAUCUGAAAGGCAUCAAGAAAGAGGUCAUCUUGAAGAUACUGAUGUUAGGGAGGCUAGGCGAUCCUCGAACCUGCAAAGUGACAGGCAGUAUCCGGAUACAUCCUAUAGAGAUACAAAUAUCAGGGAUUCACAUAACAGUUACAUUCCGAAUUUCCAACGUCCACUUGUGAGAAAAAAUGUAGCUGUACGAAUGUCAGCAGGUAGGAGAAGGAGCUUUGAUGAUAAUCAGUUCUCUCAAGGUGAGAUGUCAAGCUAUGUUGAAGGUCCAGCCUCUUUGAAUGAUGCUCUUAGUGAGGGACUUAAUUCCAGCUCAGACUGGAAUGCGAGGGUAGCUGCAUUCAAUUAUCUGAGGUCUUUGUUGCAGCAAGGAACAAAAGGUGUUCAGGAAAUCACACUGAGUUUUGACAAGGUGAUGAAGUUAUUUUUUCAGCACUUGGAUGAUCCACAUCACAAAGUUGCGCAGGCAGCUCUUUCCACACUUGCAGAUAUUAUCCCAGCUUGUCGGAAACCUUUCGAAAGUUACAUGGAGAGAAUUUUACCGCAUGUUUUCUCACGGCUAAUUGACCCAAAGGAAUCAGUUAGGCAACCAUGCUCGACGACUCUGGAUAUUGUAGAUAAAACAUAUGGUGUGGAUUCACUUUUACCAGCUUUGCUUCGUUCACUAGAUGAACAAAGAUCACCGAAGGCAAAGUUGGCUGUUAUCGAGUUUGCAAUCGGUUCUUUCAAGAAACAUGCUCUAAAUGGUGAAGGCUCUGGCAACACUGGCAUUCUUAAAUUAUGGCUUGCUAAGUUGACACCAUUGGUGUAUGAUAAGAAUACAAAACUGAAGGAAGCAGCUAUAAUUUGCAUUAUAUCAGUUUACUCUUAUUUUGAUUCAGCAGCAGUUCUUAACUACAUCUUGAGUUUAUCUAUUGAAGAACAGAACUCCUUGAGACGAGCUCUCAAGCAGAAAACGCCCCGUAUAGAAGUUGACUUGAUGAACUUUCUGCAGAAUAAAAAAGAUCGUCAACGCUCUAAAUCCUCUUAUGAUCCCUCUGAUGUUGUUGGGACAUCUUCUGAUGAAGGUUAUGUUGGAGCCUCGAAGAGGAGUCACUUGUAUGGAAGAUACUCUUCUGGUUCAGUUGAUAGUGAUGGUGGCAGGAAGUGGAGUUCUGGACAAGACUCAACACAUAAUUCAAAUAUUAUUGGUCAAAUUGCUAAUGAUACUCAAGAUCGCAUGUAUCAUGAUCUGGAGAGGGGCUCUAACACAGGGCGUAAUCUAAGAUCCAGUGAUGUAAAUUACGGGGUCAGCAUUCCAGGUGAUAAUUUGCAAUCCUGGAACAUUAGGCAGGAUAAUAUCAACGGCGUGAAUGUAGAGGAUUCAUCCACACCCCAUAAUGAUAUGAAUGGGCUGGCUGACACUGAGCAUCUAUGGGUAUCUACAGGAAACAAUUUUGGUAAUGGGUCUCCUGGCCAUACAAAACUUGCAUCAAACAGCAAAUCUGUUCCAGAUACAGAACUAAGCAUCCCACAAAUACUUCAUCUGAUUUGCAAUGGAAAUGAUGAAGGCUCUAAUGCAAGCAAACGGGGUGCACUUCAGCAGCUAGUUGAAACUUCUGUGGCGAAUGAUCAUUCCAUUUGGACUAAGUACUUUAAUCAGAUUUUGACAGCUGUACUUGAGAUAUUGGACGACUCAGAUUCAUCUAUUAGGGAGCUUUCUUUAGACUUAGUAGUGGAGAUGCUGAAAAAUCAGAAGGAUUCAAUGGAGGAUUCUGUCGAGAUUGUAAUUGAAAAACUGCUCCAUGUUACAAAGGAUCCUGAUGCAAAAGUUGCGAAUGAGGCAGAAAGUUGUUUGACUUCGGUUUUGUCUCAGUACGAUCCAUUCAGAUGUUUAAGUGUUAUUGUUCCUUUAUUGGUCACGGAAGACGAGAAAACUCUUGUUACAUGCAUAAACUGUUUGACGAAGCUUGUGGGCAGGCUCUCUCAAGAGGAAUUAAUGGCCCAAUUACCGUCAUUUUUACCCUCUAUAUUUGAAGCUUUUGGAAACCAAAGUGCUGACGUCCGCAAGACAGUUGUGUUCUGUUUAGUGGACAUCUAUAUCAUGCUUGGCAAAACAUUCUUGCCAUACUUGGAGGGACUCAACAGUACACAGUUGCGAUUGGUGACAAUCUAUGCCAACCGGAUAUCACAGGCUAGGACAGGCACUCCAAUAGACACAAAUAACGAGUAGCCGUGUUAUUACCUUGUUGCUGAAGAGAUUGUGGGUUUAGGGAAUUCUUCUUUAUCAUCCAUUCAUUGUAUAUUUUGUGUUUUGUGCUUUCUGCUGCAUUGUAGAGGGUGGGCUUUUUUUUUUUACCUCUUUCUUAGUGAAUAUAUAGAAAUUACAUUUGUUUCCCAAGUUGAGUUUGGGUUUGGGUUGUGAGUGCGUGUAGUUGUCUGUGGUAUUAUAUUUUUGAUUUUGGUCCAAUGAUUAACCCCACAUUUGGGGAAAAUCAUUGUUGUGUGUAUAUGAGUUUUUAACUUUGGUUUUCGAGUUUCAAUGUAGAACUUGUGACAUGGUCGGUGUGGAAUAUAUGCGGAGUCUUGAUUGAUCCUUAUA